CUGCAAAGUUACUCCACGGGUCGUAUUCAGUCAGGUGAUAUUUUUCUUCUCAGCUCGAAAAGACGAUUCAAUCCUGCAACAACAUUUAAUCAAUUUUACUAACAAAUUCCAUCGGCUGUCGUUGUUUUUUAUCUGCACAAAAUGGCUCUACUAUCGGCAAUGAAAGGAAAAUUGAUCUCCGUCAUUGGAGAUGAGGAUACUUGUGUUGGAUUUUUGCUUGGCGGAGUAGGAGAGAUUAACAAGAAUCGUCACCCCAACUUUAUGGUUGUUGACAAAAAUACGGCGGUCAGCGAAAUUGAAGAUUGCUUCAAGCGUUUCAUCAAGCGCGACGAUAUUGAUAUCAUUCUGAUUAACCAGAACUACGCCGAGCUGAUUCGUCACGUGAUCGAUGCACACACUGCCCCCACACCAGCGGUAUUGGAAAUUCCUUCCAAAGAUCAUCCGUACGAUGCCAGCAAGGAUUCGAUUCUGCGUCGCGCUAAGGGCAUGUUCAAUCCGGAAGAUAUGAUUGCUAAUCGCGGCUAAGCUGUGUAGCUGACGGGUUGCAUUCGUCUGGCACCACGGGAACAUCCCAUUUUUUGCACAUUUUCCUCCCCACAAGCAGUCAUGUAGUAUUAUCCUCCCUUUCUGUAAGAACUCUUGUAAGCAACCCCACACUUCCGUACGCAUAUCGGUCGAUAGCGUGUGUGUUUUUUGAGUUUCUCUCGUUGUUAUGUUGUUGGCAUUCCAUGGUUUAAGAGAAUAAAGGAUCAAAUUCUGCUGUA